CUUAGUUGGGAAAAUAGAAACCAACCGUGAUAAUAAUACAGAAUCCUCAGCAAAAGAAAAUAUUAAAUGAUCAACGGAGUAAUUAAGAUUAACUAAAACAAGAUUUCUCAACAAAACUGGAGCGCUUUGGAAGAUUCAGGGAGGACAUGACCAUGUGCAAAGGAUCACACGCUGAUUGGGACAUUAAUGAUAACAACAUUCCGAAGAUAACAAACUAUGAUGAUUUUCAAGAAUGGGCAGACGGUCAUUGCAGGUUUGUUUAUCGGCCGGAUUGCGAAGAAGCCAGAAGACACGCUAGUGGUUGGGCUAUGAGAAACACUAACAAUCACAACGUACACAUUUUGAAAAAAUCUUGUUUGGGGGUUUUGGUUUGCACUCUAGGAUGCACUUUGGACAACGGCGAUAAAAUUCAUCUAAGACCUGCUAUCUGUGAUAAAGCGAGAAAAAAACAACAAGGAAAACCUUGUCCGAACAGGAAGUGUCCCGGACGUUUGGAAGUAUUAUCAUGUCGUGGGCAUUGCGGCUAUCCUGUAACUCACUUCUGGAGACAUACGGAUUACGCCAUCUUUUUUCAAGCAAAAGGUAUUCACGAUCACCCUCAUCCUGAGCCAAAAGCAACUGCAGAAGCUCGUCGCUCUUUACACUCUUCUGGAAAGAGAUCUAGACCGGACACAUCUCACCUACAAGAACAGUCGAUGGCCAUCCAGUUAGGAAUGAACGAACAGAAUAUUAGCACGAGAAGGGAAAGGAAGAUAAUAGAUGCGGAGUUGUUUUUCGCUCAAACAGAUUGGAGCCUUUGUAAGGAAUCUAAUGACUAUUCAAUGAAAGUUGCCAGGACGGAACACAUUCCCGUUCCACCCCCAAGACGAAAUGGAGAAGUUCGCUGUUCCUGUCCACCAUUCGAGUGUUUCUGUCACGAACAGAACAUAUCGUCUUCCAACAAUCCAUCUCUUACUUAUAAUCAUUCAGAUCAUACGAAUAUGGUGCCACACAUGGAAGUUCAAAACGAAGCAGUAUUUCAAACAAUCGACAAAAUGAUGGACGAAUCGCGUAGUUGCUGCAAUACUAGAGAAAGACAGGAACCAUAUUCCGAAAUAGAAUUUUGCUACUCCAAUAGUAAUUUAGAAAACAUGGAUGUGAUAUAUGAGCAACAUCACUCACAAGAAGCUGUCAGUUCUGUUGAUAGCUAUGUGUCUCCUUUGCAAUACCAAGACGAAUUGGAAGAUUUCGACGUGUUUCAUCCUUCGGACAUAUUAGCUCUCGACCAACCUAUAAGAAGGCCCAUUAACAAUAACGUUCCAUGUUGGACUUCGGAACCCAGUGCCCUCGAUGAUUACGUUGUUACCUCGUUAGAUGAUCCGGAAGUUUCGCAAAGAUUUUUUGCAGCCAUAGACAGUUUGUUGCAAGAUUAUAUCGAAUAUCCCAUAUCAUCCGCAAGAAGGAGAGAAGUGUUUGUCCAGUCUUCCAAUUCUUCUUGUUCCUCUACAUCCACACUUCCGAUGACGCCUUCCAAUACUAUAACCGACGACAGUAAUAUCAAUUCCGAAUUAACAACUUUACAGACUUCAUUUGGAGAAACAACAUAUAAUUCUGUUUUUUCCAUAGCUUUUCAACCCGCAGUCGGAGAUUCUAUGAAUAAUUCCGAACAUACAGUAGUGACGUCAGCAUUACAGUUCUGA